UAGCCCAAGACACUCCACGACAGCCACUCGUUCUUGAAGAGAAGAAAACCACUUGGGAGUCUGGUAUUACUAUCACAGGAGCAGAGAGAGAAAGAAAGACAGAGAGAAUAGUAAGAUGACAAUAACCUGUGCCCUGAAAUCUCAUAUUUCUUUGCCGAUGCAAUCUAACCUCAAUAGGCCAACAGCUGAACCUACCACCGGUCUCAUCCUUCCCCUCAAAACCAAGCCAAGAAGAAACCCUUCAGGUCCAAAACAACAAAGCCUAAUUAUAAAAAGGUUCACUGAGGAAAGCAACAGGGACAAGAAGAAGCCUCUCACCAGCUUCAGCUUCAAACCCGAUGUCCCUAGACCUUCACAGAGAAGGACUGAUGGGCUCCAAAGGUUUGUGAUAUUGGGUGCUGCUUCACUUGGGUUGGCAGUUCUACUUGCAGGGAUAGAAGAUGGGAAUAAAGCCUUGGCUCUGGGUCCUGAAGGGCCUUUGGUAGAGGAGUUUUGGGACAAUAUGAGGAGAUAUGGUCUAUAUAUUGUUACAGUGAGCACUGGAGUUAUUUACACUGUGUUCCAGCCUAUUCUGGAGCUUUUGAAGAACCCAAUCACUGCAAUUCUGGUCAUAACCAUCUUAGUUGGCAGCGUUUACAUUGUUACCCAAGUGCUUUCAGCUAUGGUUGGUGUCUCUAAUUUUUCUUAUGAUUAUGGCUAUUAGUAUUUAGAGUCAUUUUGGAUUAACAAA